UAUGUCAGCGCCCAUGGACUAUUUGAUCUCUUAUCAGCUGACGAAUGAUCUUAUCAUUUAAAACUUAAUUUGGUACCAGCUAAAGACAGAUAACAAAAAUGAAAACUUCUUACGCUUUGAGAAGACUGUUAUCAAACAAUUAUAGUUUACAAUGUCAGACUAAAAGGACAUUUUAUCGCUCAUUUCUACGUCAAACAGUCCCACUAACAAGUGUACGUUAUCCAAAUCUAAAGCGCGGUGGAUAUUCAGCACUAACUGACAAAGACCUAUCAGUAUUUGAGAAGUUGAUUCCUGGGAGGGUUCUGACUGGGUCAUCAGAACUUGAUGGAUACAACACAGAUUGGUUAAAAACAUGCAGAGGAUCAAGUCAGGUAGUUUUGAGACCAAAGAACACAGAGGAAGUGUCAGCCAUUUUGAAGUAUUGUAAUGAAAGGAAGUUAGCAGUGGUGCCCCAGGGUGGAAACACAGGACUGGUUGGAGGAAGUGUUCCAGUCUUUGAUGAAAUUGUUGUUUCUACACAGCUAAUGAACCAAAUUAUAAGUCUGGAUGAGAUUUCUGGAACAUUGGUUUGUGAAGCAGGCUGUAUUCUUGGGAAUCUCAGUGACCAUGUGGCUGAAAGUAACCUUAUUAUGCCACUGGACCUUGGAGCCAAAGGAAGCUGCCAUAUUGGUGGUAACUUAGCAACCAAUGCUGGAGGGCUUCGACUAUUACGAUAUGGCUCUUUACAUGGUAGUGUGCUAGGCCUUGAAACUGUUCUUGCUAGUGGGGAAGUGGUAGACUGUUUAUCAACUUUGAGGAAAGAUAAUACAGGAUAUGAUGUCAAACAACUAUUCAUAGGAUCAGAGGGAACUCUGGGAUUGAUAACAAAAGCUUCCAUACUUUGUCCACAAAAGCCAAAUGCUGUGAAUGUGGCUUUUCUAGGUUGUGACAGUUUUGAGAGGGUUCUUGAUAUAUUCAAGGAAAGUAAAAUGAAACUGGGAGAAAUUUUGUCAGCCUUUGAAUUUUUGGACGCUGAUGCCAUAGCAGUAGCCAGAGACAAUCUUAAACUGUCCAUACCUAUUGAUGACACUUUUCCAUUCUACGUACUUAUUGAAUCAUCGGGAUCUGACGGAACUCACGACGAGGAGAAAAUGAAUGGAUUUCUUGAAGACAUGAUGAAUCGAGGAUAUGUCAUUGAUGGUACAGUGGCAUCUGAGCCAGCCAAAAUUCAGUACAUAUGGUCUGUAAGAGAGAGGAUAGCAGAAGGACUGAUGCAUGAUGGGUAUUGUUAUAAGUAUGAUGUAUCUAUUCCUUUAUCACAUUAUUAUGGAUUGGUUGAAGCAGUAAGGGAGAGAACUCAAGGCAAUACUACAAGGGUCAUAGGUUAUGGUCAUGUAGGAGAUAGUAAUUUACACUUGAAUGCUACUUCACCAGAAUAUAGUCAGACAACAAUGGACUUACUAGAACCUUUCCUGUAUGACUGGGUAGCUAAACAUCGUGGAAGUAUCAGUGCUGAACAUGGUUUAGGGUUCAAAAAGCGGGACUUUAUUUACCACAGUAAAUCAGAAUCAGCUGUGAGAAUAAUGAAUCAGAUGAAACUAGUCUUAGAUCCUAAUGGCAUAUUGAAUCCUUAUAAAUUGUUACCAACUGUUGUUAGAUAAUCAUGAAAAUUUAGUACUAAUCGUUUGCAGUUGUAAUAGUCCUUUUUUCUAGUCUUAUUUACAAUAAGUCCUUUUGUUUUGUUGGGUUGCUGUCUCAUUGAUGUAUAACCCACUUAUUAUCAACUAAUUAUACAAAGUAAGAAUAAAAUAUCUGUAUUGUUUAAUUAUGUAAUGGGUGUACAAGAAGGAAAUUGUCAAAUUCAAAAUUCAUGUUUCGAAUUUCUGCCUCAAAUUUCAAAUAUUUGUGCUUGAAAUCCUGCUAUGAACGUCUUAUUUAUGUAAUAAAAAUCUGUUGUAAACUAGGGCAGUUACUUAAAUAUUUUUUGUUCAGAAGUGUAAAAAUAUUAGUUUUGAACUAUUUUGUUACAAUAUUGAUGUAACAUUUGCUAUGUAUGCUUUAAGAAUAGCCUUUCUAGAAACUAAGUUCUUGUUUAACAAAUUUCAUUCUCUUUUUAUUAAAAUUAUAAUUUUAAGUUGAUUACCUCCCUUUUUGGGAAGUUUAACUGCUUUCCUGAAUGGCAAUGAAGCCGAAUAAAAACGUUAAGGGUUGGCAGUUUUUAAUCCUUGUUGGUUUGAAAAUAAACAGUAAGUUGAUAUAGUUUAGAUUUAAAAUUUAUUCAUGUUAUUUUGUCUUCCAACAUACUUGUAAUCAAGCUGUUAAUAUUACACAGUUACUCUGCACUACAGCAUACCAGUAUUUAUACCAGUAUACAUAUGUACAAAACAACUGAAUUAAUUUCUAUGAAAUUAAAAUCUCAAAAUAAGUUUCAGGUUUUCAGAAGUUAUAAGUUUCUGGAAAGUCCUAUAUUCCAAGCAUGAUAUGUGAUAUUGUUAAAUGUUAUAUAUAUAGAUAUACAGAGUUUAAUUUUUGUGACUCAAGUUUUAUUGUUAUUAUAAGUACUAUGAACUUUUACAUGUUCCAAUGUAAAGAAAGAAAAAAUAUGAAAUUGUUAUCAGGCUAUUUUCAAUGUCUGCUUUUUUACCAAGGUUACAUUUAUCUACAAUUCACCAGUAAAACAUCUUAGUUAAAAUAGUUUAUAAAAUUUGUCUAAUCCAUUAUCAUUUAUUUUGACAAUGAAGUAUUAAGUUCAAGAUAAAGAAUUCAAUAUAAAAUGGGAAAUAACUCUUGUAAGACCUAAAUAGAAGUUCAUCCUGUUGUUUUGUAUUUAAAAAGGUUUUUAUUUUUGUAGUUUUUGUACCUUUUUUUUUUAUGGAUUUUGCACUCUGAGUUUAAGUCAGUUGUGAUUUUCUUUUAAAAGUAUGUCAGCUUCAUGCAAUUUUUUUUUUUGAAGAGUUAAUUCAAAUCAUAUUUUUAAAGGAAUUAAUUCAAUAUCAUAUUAUCGCAGAAGUCAAGUUAUUUAAGUUUACAUGUACCUCAAAUAUUAACACUCAAGAGAUACUGGAUUGAGCUACAUAUCUUUAUCUUUGUAAGAAAAAAAAAUCCUACCAUAAUUGAAACUGGUCAAUGACCCAAUAAAGCUUUGUUUAUGAUAGGAACAAUAUAUUUCUGUAGCCUUUUAUUUUUCACUUCACAAAGCAAUAUUUUUACAUUGUCUAUUUCAUUUACAGUUUUCACCAAAUAUUAUAUAUUUUAGAUUUUUUACCAUUGUAGUAUUAGAUCUAGAAGAAGAAGCAUAUAUAGCAAGCCUGUUUCUUAGCUUGUGCAUUUUUUUCAUUCCAAAACAAGUUUAAGGUUAUUUUAUAUAAAGAUACCUGAAAUGUUUUUAUAUUUAUAUACAAAUACAUAGGGACAAUCAAUAACCACACAUAUAUGUUGAUAGUGCACAUAACAAAAUGCAAAGAUAUGUGCUUAACUCAAAGUAAGGAGGGAGAAAUAUUCUUUUCAUUUAACCUUAUAGCGCUUAUUUGUUUAAAAUGUUUUGAACAUCCAGAAGUGAUGUUUAUUAAUGUUAUAGUUUAUAUAAUAUAUAUCCAUGUGGAUACAAUAUAAUAUAUAUCCAUGUGGAUACAAUAUAAUAUAUAUCCAUGUGGAUACAAUAUAAUAAUAAUUGAAGAUUCAUAAUUUGUAGUUGUUAUUUAAUUAAUUUUUAAUCUAAAACUUGGAUUUGUUGAUUUAACCACCAAAUUGAUAAUACUGUGCCAUAGAUUUACCAAAAAAUAUAUAUUCCAGAUUGUACAUUGUUAAUCAGAGUAUAAUGUAGGUUCUUUCUUGCCAAUCUUUCAAAAAGAUGGGUAUUUGUUAAA